GUGGAGGAGGAGGAGGAGAUGGAGAUGGAGGAGGAGGAGGAGGAAAGGGCUCCAAACAACACGUGAUCCCCGCGGAGCAGCGAGGGAGCCGGGGGAGGGGAGAGCGAGGGAGGGCGGCGAGGCAGAGGAGGGCAGCGGCCGCCGCUUUAAAGCCUCCCGGCGCCGCACCCGCGCUGCCCCCGGCCGAACGCGGAGCUGGGAGCGGGGCUGAGCCGGCCCCGGCCCCGACCCCCGGCCCCGGAGCCCCCACAACCGGGGGCACCCCGCGGCCAUGCGAGGCGGCCGCCCCCGGCGCCCCGCGGCUAGGCGCUGCUGCCCGCCGCGGCUGCCCGCCGCGCUGCGCUGAGCCCCGGCGCCCCGCGGCACCAUGUCCCGCCGCAAGAUCUCCUCCGAGUCCUUCAGCUCGCUGGGCUCCGACUGCCCGGAGACCAGCCCCGAGGAGGAGGGCGAGUGUCCCCUGUCCCGCCUCUGCUGGAACGGCAGCCGCAGCCCCCCCGGCCCCUCCGAUCCGUCCCUGGCAGCCGCAUCCAUCUCCAUCACCGCCGCCGGUUCCGCCGCCUCCGCGGCCAGCGCCGGUGCUCGCCGCGCUCCUCGCCGCCGCCGGGUCAACCUGGACUCGCUGGGCGAGAGCAUCCGCCGCCUGACCGCCCCCGCGCCUCAGACUAUUCAGCAAACUCUUCAAAGGACACUGCAGUAUUUUGAGCAUCAAGUUAUCGGUUACAGGGAUGCAGAGAAGAAUUUUCACAAUAUAUCAAACAGAUGCUCCUAUACGGACUGUUCUGGCAAUGAAGAAGCUGAAGAUGUCUCAGGAAUUCUUCAGUGUACAGCUAAUGUACUUGGUUUGAAGUUGGAGGAAAUGCAAGAAAAAUUUGGGGAGGAAUUCUUCAAUGUCUGCUUUGAUGAGAAUGAAAGAGUUCUUCGAGCAGUAGGUGGGACCCUUCAAGACUUCUUCAAUGGCUUUGAUGCUUUGCUGGAGCACAUUAGAACUUCAUUUGGAAGACAGGCUACCCUGGAAUCCCCUUCUUUCCUAUGCAAAGAGCUCCCUGAUGGCAAUCUCAUGCUUCAUUACUUUCACCCACAUCAAAUUGUGGGGUUUGCAAUGAUGGGAAUGAUAAAAGCAGCAGCAAAGAAGAUUUACCGCUUGGAAGUGGAAGUAGAACAGGUCACUAAUGAUAAACUGUGUUCAGAGGGGACGAACCCAGGUAAUUGCAGCUGUUUGACUUUCCUUAUCAAAGAACAUGAAAAUGCAAAUAUCACAAAAACACUUCCACCAGGAACUUCUCAGUCCCCAUUAGACUUGAGGAUUAGUAUCAGCACCUUCUGCAGAGCAUUCCCCUUUCAUCUGAUGUUUGAUCCAAACAUGCUUAUUCUUCAGCUUGGAGAAGGUCUAAGGAAGCAGCUCAGAUGUGACUCUCAUAAAACUCUGAAAUUCCAAGACUGCUUCGACAUAGUUUCUCCUAAGAUCUGUGCCACAUUUGAACGAGUCCUCCUGAGAUUAUCUACUCCCUUUGUCAUUCGGACCAAACUUGAGGAUUCUGGCUCUGAAAGUAAAGACAAGGUGAUGGAAAUUAAAGGACAAAUGAUUCAUGUGCCAGAAUCAAAUUCAAUUUUGUUUCUGGGGUCCCCCUGUGUAGACAAGUUGGAUGAACUGAUGGGCCGAGGCCUCCACCUUUCGGACAUUCCUAUCCAUGAUGCUACACGUGAUGUCAUACUGGUUGGGGAGCAAGCGAAGGCCCAGGAUGGCUUGAAAAAACGAAUGGAUAAGCUUAAGGCAACACUAGAAUGCACACACCAAGCCCUGGAAGAGGAGAAAAAGAAAACAGUAGAUCUCCUUAUUUCUAUUUUCCCUGAAGAAGUGGCUCAGCAGUUGUGGCAGGGGCAGCAGGUUCAGGCCAGGAAAUUUGAUGAUGUCACCAUGCUCUUUUCGGACAUUGUUGGCUUCACUGCCAUCUGCGCGCAGUGCACACCCAUGCAGGUCAUCAGCAUGUUGAACGAACUCUACACGCGGUUUGACCAUCAGUGUGGAUUCCUGGACAUCUACAAGGUGGAAACAAUAGGUGAUGCGUACUGCGUUGCGGCAGGGCUCCAUAAGAAAAGCCUUAGUCAUGCUAAAGCCAUUGCCCUGAUGGCACUGAAGAUGAUGGAGCUUUCAGAAGAGGUCCUCACUCCAGAUGGGAGCCCUAUUAAGAUGAGGAUAGGCAUUCACUCAGGAUCUGUGCUGGCCGGCGUUGUUGGUGUAAGAAUGCCACGUUAUUGUCUCUUUGGAAACAACGUCACCCUUGCAAGCAAGUUCGAGUCAGGAAGUCACCCACGCCGCAUCAAUGUCAGUCCAACCACGUACCAGCUUUUGAAAAAGGAAGAAAAUUUUGUUUUUAUCCCUCGUUCCCGUGAAGAGCUUCCAGAAAACUUUCCAAAGGAAAUUCCUGGGAUCUGUUACUUCCUCGAGGUCAGAAGUGGUCAGAAGCAGCCAAAACCCUCCAUCACAUCUGCCAGAGUGAGAAAAGUUUCUUACAACAUUGGCACCAUGUUCCUCCGGGAGACUAGCCUAUGAGACCUGCUGCAGAUCAAAGACUCAUCAAAAAAGCACAAGCCCAGAACUGGGUCAUGACAGGGGAGUUGGAGGUUCUUCUAUUUCACUGCCUUGUCCUGAACAAGCAGUAAAAGCUUCAUGUAAUGUCAGGCAAUAAUCAUUUUAAAAGGUGGGUGACUGCUGUCAGUAAACAGAGUGGAGACAGGGAAAACAAACAAAGAAAAAAACACAUUUAAAAAACAUACUUCCACAUCCAGAUGAAUUUCAUUCAUAAACUUGAGUCUAGCCCCUUUAUGACAAACAAAAACAAACAAAACAAAACCCCCAACUCACAUUAGAGGUUGGUUUUGUUUUGUACAGAAAGGGUGAUGGUUCUCUGUAGAUUUGCACCAGCUAAGCAGAAUUGGGAGUCAGUUCUGAUUAUGCAUUCCUACAUUUAAUGUGUUCUUCAGUAAAGUAAUGAUGUUUUUUAACUUUAUGAACAAACAUUUCAUACAUAUACUGUAGAGCUGUUGUAACCUUCCUGGCAGGAGGAAUUAUAAUUCAGUAUAAAUGUUGUAGGGAUUUUACCUAUUUUUAUACAUAUUUCACUUUCUGGAUAAUUACAUUCCACAUACUGUAAGCUAAGUGAGCUUAGAUAGCUUUUCAGAAGAAGCUACUGUAUAUUUCAUAUAUUCUACCUAUCAGAUCUUAUUGUUAUAUGAAUAAGUCGUCAUUUUUUGACUUUUUGGCAGCAAAAUAUCAAUAUUUUAAAGAAAAAAAAAGAAAACACUUUGGUAAACCUAUUUACCUGGUGUUUAUGCUAAAGCUUUAGAUGAGCAUUGUCUUACUUAUACAAAGUAAUGUUUAGUAUUUGUCCUGCAGUCUUGUGUGUCCAGUCUUUCCAGGACAAAGCAAACAAAAUGUAAAAGAUCAAUUCGUUAACAAACGGAAAAGUUCUGUUAUACACAGUGGGGCUUGUUUCUCACAGAAUUAGCAGCCAAACUGAUAUUUGGUAGAAGUCUUGGACCUUUAUUAAAAACUUGAUCUUGUAAAACCUUACUCAGAGAGCGUUCAGCAAACACUGGAAGCUCUCUGGGUACUGGUUUUCCAUUUUUUAAUAGGACUUGUGCUCCUAUUCCACUUAGAUUAUAAAAAUUCUGUCUGUUAUUAAAAUGCUAUUUUGGAAAUUUCUUCUGUUAGUGAGGAUGAAAGGUCCCCUGCUUUAUCUAUUGUAGACCAAAAACCACUGAAAAUGGUGAGGAAAUAAUUUCCUAGGUUUAAUGCAAAUGGCAGUUCAAGAUUUAGAUGCAUUAAUUAAAAAAUUAAAAUAAAAUCAAACUACAGCCCAAUUCUUUUCUGGUGGAAAUUAAUAUAGCUUUAUUUUCUUCAAUGAAACCAACAGAAAAAAGAAACCAGAUGUAGAUCUUUCCCCCAGUAGACACAUUUUCAGACAGUGUUUAUUUCUUUGGCUUUCCUUUUCAAAAAUAAUGGGAAAAAGUUUUCUUCUGCAGGUGUACCUCCGUUAGGGAUCUACUGAAGUGAGCCAAUAUUUUUCUGCUCUAUCUUAGUAGACAAACAGAGCAGUUAUUUGGCUUAGCUUUACAUGGGCCUGCUCAAAACUUAAAGAAAUCAAAGUCAAGACUCAGCAGCACAAGAAAUAAUGAGAAUCUCAGCAUUUCUCUAAUCCAGACCAGAAAUUAGGAUUUUACGUAUGGAUGUAGUAAUCCAAACUUUAAGCACCUUUUGAAAAUGAGUAAAUCCCAUUCUCCAUGGUUCCAAAUUAUCCUGUUAGAUCUUUUUGUGGAGGCAAUGACAGUGCUAUAUUUCUUCCCUUUGACCCAGCUUGGGAUGGGAACAGAUCAGUAUGGCACCACUAUCCUGUUGCUGAACAAAUUUCAGGCUUCCUUUCCAUGAAGGCUGUCCAGAUAAGAAAGGACUAUCUUGAACCUAUGCAGACUUCAGCGUGUAGAGGAAACCUGAACUUAUUAUGCAGUAUUUUUUCUUGAUGAUGAGGGUAGCUGCAUGGGCAUGGCAGGGGGGCUGGAACUAGAUGAUCUUUAAGGUCUCUUCCAAACCAAACCAUUCUGUGAAUAUUGCUUAAAUGGAAAUUCCCUUGAUUUCUAGAGGAACUGCUGUGAAAGAUUUCUUCCAUAGUUAUUACAGCAUCUUUGUGAUUGGAGUUUUUCUUGUAUCUAUCUUGAUAAACAGCAUCUGCAGCUCUGCUAUCUGAAAAAAAGAAAAUGACUUGAUGAAAACUGUUCAAGCUUGAGGUUUCAGAAUUUCCACCCAAACUACAGAUCCAAGAAGUUUCUGUAUUGGAUAACAAGUUUUUAGCCUAUAUCCAUUAGUUUGUGUAUACACAGGAUGAAGCAUGCAUUUUUUCCAGUGAACACCAUUGAAACCUGGAAGAAUUAUAAAUGGAGUAAAGUUGCAGUUUGACCAUGGGAACACUACUUCCUAGCUAAUAAAGCUGUGGUUUUUAUGUCAUUAACUAAUUCCCUAAAGUGAUUUUUUAUUUUAUUUUUUUCUAACAGCUAUCAAUACAAUUAGAUUUCACUCUUACUUUACUGGCACAUCCUGAUUGUUCAGUAGUUGUUGAUGUCAGAUUACUAAUCCUUCUGGCCAAACUCUUGUUUCUCUUCUCACCACCUACAGUCCUCUGUGAAAAGAACAAACACAGAGGUUCAUACCAAAAGCAUAUUUAUUGCUCAAUAUCCCUUCUGUCACAGUUGCCAAUAGGAAAUGUCUAGGUUAAUCGUGUGAGAUUGGUAAAUCCAUGGAAAUAUUUUAAUGAAAAAUGGAGUUUAAAAUGUAAUUCAACUAGUAAAUUGGAGAAGCAAUCCAAAAGUCUGUAGCACCAUCCUCAUCCUCUCAAGUGAAUGUUUAUUCUAUAAGGGAAUACAUAACCACAAAGAUCACUGGAAAAACUAAAAAUUGCUAUCAGCAUCACCAUGGAGACAAAAACAAUGUUUGCCAAUAAAUCAGCUGAAUCCCCAGAUCAGCGUAGUUUUAUUGUAUGAAGUAUAUAGACUCUGCCUUACACUUAGCUUGUGUAAAGGUAACACAUCCAAAACUUCAGCAGUGAUGCCAUGUAUUGUGUUAUUUGCUUCUGUGUUAUGACAAGUGAAGUUAAUGGAAAAGUGUAGGCUCUCUAGAGGCAUUUUUCUAUCAGUGUGAGAAAAGUGUGAAAGAUUCUCAGCAUUGUUUACUUAGUGGUUGUAUCUGCUGCCUGUAAUUACAAAUUUAUUUUGUUGGACACCUUUAUGAAGUAAAAUGCAGUUCAUUAGCAAGUUUGAUGCUGUGAAGUCAGUUAGAUCAUAGUCAAAUUAAACGUUUCUCCAACAAUACUUCUUUUUAGUGAUAGGGAAAACUUUCUUAUUUGCCUGGCAUUGCCUUUAUAAAUAAAAGGGCUUUCAGAGUUUUUACCUUGGGAUGAUGAGGUGGAGAUCUACUGCAAAGUGCCUGUAUGGGGAGGAGGCUGACAAGGACCCUAGCUGGGGUCAUUGGUCCCUGUGCCACAGACUUAUUCUGUGCUCCUUCCCUCUGCUCCAGGCUCAGACUGCAGACCAGGGACUGACCACAGAGGCAGACCCAGUGGUCAACUUCUAGUGCAAAAGUCAUGAGGCUGAAGCCAGCAGUUACUCCCUCAGAGCAUUUUUUAGAGAUUUUGUGUCAGAUUUCUCAAUCUUCUUGAAGCUCCCUUUCACACAGCCUUUUCUAUGCACUGUAUAGUGGUCAGGAAGUCAGAGUAAGAGGGAAGCAGUCAUGGAAAUGGUAGAAGGGUGGAUUAAAUUUUUUUUCAGUAUUACUCUGGCAAUAUCAGCCGUACAAAGACAAAGCCACUGCAUGGGAGAAUUGCUGGUAAGCUAGGAUUCUAAAAGUGUGGUUGUCUUUCAGAAUCCCACAGGAUUUUGCUGUUUUAAUUCCAAAGAGCCCGUAGUCAUUAACUGUGGUUGUGGGUUUGUCUUUAUUGCUCAUUCCCACAUCCAGUUUCAGAUGCUAGUUUGUUCGGAAGGCUGUUCUGGAGCCUGGAAAUAAGCCUCUGCAAACAGAAAACCAAAACUUUUGAAACUUUAGAAAUAUUCUGUGGGAAUUGCCUCUUCAGAAGAAGAAAUCCUUGCACUUGAGUUACUAACAGGCCCUGCUGCAGUUCAUAUGUGUGCAUGUGCCUCUUCACAGUGCUGUCUCCUCCUGUGCUCAUGGUAGUCCCUACCAUGCUCAGCAGAGGCAUCAGGUGUAUAGCCACCAUUUCUCUGUUUUCCACUAACAUUCGUCUUUCUUUUUUCUUUUUUUUUUUUUUUUAAUUUAUUUUUUUUCUGUAUAAAGCAAACAGUGCAGAACUGUGAUGUGUUGCAUACAUUUAAAUGUAUCAUGGCACUGCCCUGAGACUUAUAUUGUGCUAACUGAUUUCACGUUAUCUACUGCUUGUCCUGAACAGAUUCUUCUCCCAGCAGACUUUAAAAUGAAGGGAAAAACAAACAAACAAACAAAAACCUGCUAUGUUGAAUUGCAAAUGAGUAUGAAACCUGUGUCUGUCAUUGGGGCAAGUGUAAUACAUUUCAGGUUCUUCCGCUUCCACAAGCUGUCAAACGUGCUUACCUCAUGUAAUCUGUCCUGCCAACACAUCUAAUACAACAGCAGCAUCACAAUUUUCUGGCAUUUUCUGGGUUCUCUUCCAGUCAGAGGCUACUACUUUACCUCUGCUGACUGCUGAGAGCUCACUGAGAAGAGCUAAUUCCCUGUUCCAACUCAGUCUCAGAGCUUCUGACUCUGCUUUUGGAUUCUGGUCGUCUUUUGCAAAAUUAUACAUUUGUAAUAUAGGAAACAGCAACGUGCUUAAAUUAGCAACAAACACAGAAACAUAAGAAAGCUUGUCAAACCCAGAAACAGUUGGUUCCCUUCCUUCAAGGGAGUACAUUAUCCAUAGCACUGGGUUAAGGAUGACAGUGACAGGCUUGAAUGAAUUGAUGCUGAGUGUGCAGGAGACUCAAGAGGCAGAAGCUCAUCUGCUGCUGCUCUUGUUCAUACUUCCAUCACCUUGCAUGCUCUUUUCUGCUCUGUUCUUCAAAAAACAUCCCUUAUCCUUUGUUUUGCAGGCUGUAUGUGCCACAGAUAGUGAGUAAUUCUUAUUGUUCUUAUUAACAUCUGUUGACAUGGCUGCUUAUAUCUAAAGAAUAAGUGGGAUUAAAGGGUUGAUCUUAGUUGUCUUUGCAGCAAAGACAGAACUGCUACAGUGACUGCAGGCACACAUGUCUGUAGAGAGGGGGAGGACCACAGUGCAAGUUUUCACUGAGGGAUUUGGGUUUAGUCAGUGCAGUAACAGUCUGCUGCAUAUCUGUCUUUAACUUUCCUAAACACUAAGUUUUUCCAUGCAGCUAGAAGUUAUUCAUCAACAAUGUCAUUAAUUUGCAGUGCAUGGGCAACCGUACAACAAAAAUCUAUAAACUGUUUAACCUCGUAUGUAUGUCUGAUCUUUUGUGACUCGGCUAUUAAUCGUGCAUGAAAGCAAGCAAAACAGCGAAGCUGGGGAGCGUAGCAAUUGAGUCAUAGGCCACAAAUCAUUCACCUUGGCAUAUGCUUACGUGUUCCUGUGGUUUAGGAAGAUUAACCUCCAGCUAUCUGUGGUCCAGGUUAGUAUCCCAGCGCGAGUGCUUCCCUGGGGCUGAGGUUCACAUUAGAGAGGCCGAUAUGGUAAAUAGUGCAAAUUGUCAGUUUUGCUGGCAACCUUAGCGAAAAGAUCAGUGCAGGCAGAUGUUAAACUGUCUGUCUGCUGCUGGGGUUUUAGUUUCCAAAUACAAAGUGAGGCUGAAUGUCUUUCAUUUGGGGACAAAGAGAGAAGACACUGGGUGUCAGAGAAAGAGGUGUCGUACCUGCUUUAUGAUUAGAAGGGAGGGAGCAGAGCGGAGCACUGGGAGGCAGCAAGGCUCACUUCUGCCUUCAGCUCCUUGACCCACUUCUGCUUUAGCAUUCCAAAAAUCAAGUUUCCUCUGAAUACUGGGGGACAAGUAAGUGCUUCAGGUACUUGCCCCCUCUCUUCUAGUCACGUGAGGCUGCCUAAAUCCUUGAGCGUGCUUGUUUUCCACUGACCACAGAUAGCUGACUUAGACUAGAGAUCUAUUUUUAAGAUAUCCAAGAGAAGUGAAAUUGACCCCACCAAAUUAAUCUCUCUCUCGCCCAAAUGCCAUGUCUCAAACCUUUUGGUCUGUGCUGCUUUUCAGAGUUCUGUGUUGGUCAAAAUAAACUGAAACAUAGUAAGUGGCAGAGGGAUAGAUAAGUAUAUUCCAGGAUAAAUAGAGGUUUGAUAUGGUAGUCAUGGUGACUAUCAAGAACAGGGGCUACAGAGGUGCUGGAAAUCUCUUCCAUCUGAUGCCUGAACCAUUUAUAUAUGGUACGAGUGCUGCCAGUUGCAACUUCUGGAUGCCACUAUGAAUGUUAUUUAGAAAAGCUCUUGAGCUUUGAGCUCCUAGCCAAAUUAUGCAAAACAUCUGUGCCGUCUUUACGUGAAAUAUAUGCCAGAAUGCCUAGAUAAGCCUUGUUAGUUAUCCUGUUGUAAAGAUGACAAUAAUGUAUAUAAAUUCUAAGGGACAGAGGGAUAGUUGCCAGGUUAUCAUUAAUGUACAUUUUUCUUGCUUCUGUGAAUUUGUAGGCCCAAAUUUAACUUUCUGUUAGCAGAAGGUCAUGCACUGAGCUACCUGUUUUCUAAACAGUAGUCUUAUUCCCUAGCAAUACUUUCUCAUGACUACUCUUGAAGCAAUAAGUUAAGCCAUGCUAAUCUGUUCUGUGUAGGUUCCUGUACAACACCUAUCGCUUUAACAAAGCACCUUUUAGCAGAACAUGGAAUGACACACUAACAACCUGUCAUGUAUUGUUUGUCUUCUCAUCCUCUUCCCCAAGGGAGAAGAGUAUGUAGUGGAAUAAUCUGAUUUUGUGAGGCGUUGUCUCUUUGCUAGUUUUCUAAAAAUAUUUGUUGCUACUUAAGCAAGGGCAAAAUCAGAACUAAGGACCAGACUUAAAAAAUACUUUCAGUUGUAAACAGAGUACCUUAAAGACUGUGUACUGAGUAAGACAGGUCUCCCAUUCUACAAAACAACAACAACAACAACAACAACAAAAAACCAGUAGCAUACAUAAGAUAGGCCCAAGAAUGAUAAAUAUCAGCAAUAAAAUAGGUAUAAGUAAUGGAUAAGUUCUGCUUUACACAGCAGUAAAUCAAUGUUAAGACUGAAUAAUAUUUAGAGAAGAAGAAUGCUGCUUAAUCCAUUUUAGCAUUUGUUUAUUAUCAGCAUACCUCUAAGGUAUUUUUUUUUUCCUUCCCUAAUGAGGCUAGAACAUGCUGUUGCAUGAAUAUCAGAGUUUCUGAGCUUAUUGCAGAGGCACAUGCUUAGAAAUGAAUAACUAUUAAGGAGAGAUUUUUUUUUUUAAGUGAGAUCACAUGGGAAAGAAAGAAGAGGUACAGGUACAGAUGUAUAUUUGUUGUAAAGGUUUAUGUGGCAUUUCCGAUUGAUUAAAACCAUUCUGAAACUGUAUAAUUAAAGCACAGCUGCCUGGUUUAUUUUUUUAUUUAUUUUUUUUUUCAUUUGUAAUACAAAAGUAAGAUUUUCAAAAUCUCAAGGGACUUACUCCUCAAUCCCAUUUUCUUUGUUUAAACACAGCCUCUUUCUGAACCUAACUUUGCUCAGUAUCCUGAGGUUCUGAAUGCCUAAAUAAGUGUAGGAAUUGUGGAUUAUAAAUCUGUAUCAUUUAUGUUCCUUUGAAAUACUGUUCAUAAUAAUCUAUGGAAGUAAAUUCUAAAUAUCUAACCAUCUACAAAGGUGCAUUUCCCUAGUGCUAACCUCUGCUGGAUGAUCUGAAAUCUGGAGUUCUUUAUAAUCUAUGCAGUAUUUUACACCUUUUUGCAAGAUGAUGCUCCAAGAUGUAUUGCUAUGAGCAUAUAAAUGCUCUGGUCUUUGGGGGGAUGAGGCUUUUUAUCCACAUUUAUAAUAUUCUGAGGUACCCUACGGGAGAGAUCUCUGCCCUGCCAGCUCCAUCCAGUUUAGCUCAUCUACUGAGGCAGUUUGGAGUAAGCUGAGUCUGAGAUUUACUUUCCCAUUCCAUCUCAAAAA